UAAGAAAAGGCUGAAGAUUGGUCUGAUCGAUCACAUUUCCAGUUCAUAAUAGCCAAUUGGGUUUCGUCUUCUUUCCAAAUUCUGUGGAGAGAAAAAGAGUGAGAGUAAGAAUCUGCAACAGAGAUGGCUUCACGGCUGUUCUUCAUCUCCUCUGUUCUUCUGGUGCUUUGCUGUGCAGUUGCCGGAUCCGUCUUCGAUGAUUCCAAUCCCAUUCGGAUGGUUUCUGAUCGUCUUCGUGAGUUGGAGUUGGAGGUCGUUCGAGUCGUCGGCCAAGUUCCUCACGCUCUCCGAUUCGCUCGAUUUGCUCACAGGUAUGGGAAGAAGUACGAAACGGCAGAGGAGAUGAAACUCCGAUUUGGAAUUUUCUUAGAGAGUUUGGAACUGAUCAAAUCGACCAAUAGAAAAGGCCUUUCUUACAAGCUUGGUGUUAAUCAAUUUGCGGAUUGGACGUGGGAAGAGUUCAAGAAACACAGGCUAGGAGCUGCUCAAAACUGCUCUGCUACCAUAAAGGGAAACCACAAACUUACUGAUGUCGUUCUUCCUGAAUCGAAAGACUGGAGGGACGAUGGCAUAGUUAGCCCUGUUAAAGAUCAAGGCCACUGUGGUUCUUGCUGGACAUUCAGUACAACUGGAGCGCUUGAAGCGGCCUAUGCACAAGCACAUGGAAAGGGUAUCUCCCUGUCCGAGCAGCAGCUGGUAGAUUGUGCAGGUGCUUUUAACAACUUUGGCUGCAAUGGUGGAUUGCCUUCCCAAGCCUUUGAAUACAUUAAGUACAAUGGUGGCCUUGAAACUGAAGAAGCAUAUCCUUACACUGGAAAAAACGGCCAAUGCAAAUUCGUAUCUGAGAAUGUUGGCGUACAAGUCGUUGAUUCUGUGAACAUCACUCUCGGCGCCGAAGAUGAAUUGAAGCAUGCAGUUGCUUUUGCUCGACCAGUAAGCGUAGCAUUUGAGGUGGUUAGCGGUUUUCGCUUGUAUUCAAAAGGAGUUUACACCAGUGACUCCUGCGGCAGUACUCCUAUGGAUGUAAACCACGCCGUGCUUGCAGUUGGUUAUGGGGUUGAAGAUGGUGUCCCAUACUGGCUUAUAAAGAACUCAUGGGGAGAAAAUUGGGGUGACAAUGGCUACUUCAAGAUGGAGCUGGGCAAGAACAUGUGUGGUGUUGCAACUUGUGCUUCAUACCCCAUUGUUGCUUAAGAGUACGAGAAUACCAAAGCUUCUUGCUGGGAAAGAUACUGUGCUAUUAUUAAGGUACUGCUAUGGUGGAUAGAAUGAUGUGCAAAUUAAAGUUACAUAUUCUUGUAGUUGAUCAUUUAAUGCAAGACUGUAGCGUAAUGUACUUGUGGUUGUAAAUUUGCAUGCUCAGAGAAGCUUGGAUAAGUUUUUAUAAUCUACUUGCUAGUAGCUCUCUUGAGGUUAAGUAUAUUAAGUUCCACUGUUUAGAUAUUAGAACCUUUCAAUAAAAAUAAGCUUGUUUUUUUUCAA